UAUAAUAAAUAUAUAAUCUGAUAUAUUUUUAUCCGGUAACAUUGGCAAGCCUUCACGUCAAAUCGCCAUAUUUCUUUCUUAUGGUAGAGAAAAGGUGAUUGAUUACAUGGAAUGCAGUUCAAACACUUAUAUUAUUUAAAAGAAUGACAACAAAUGUGAUGGCUAAUGGAAAUAAAGAGAAAUGGGACCCAGCACUAUCCCGUCUGCUAUCGACACUCCAACAGCCGGGAAACGACCUACCCUCCACCGACGAGGAGUUGGGAUUUCUCAGCGAUUUACUCCAGUCCAAGGAGCUCCACGCGUUGGUGAACGUACAUAACAAGAUCCUGAACAACGGUGCCAGCGACAAAUUCUUUCCGAUAUUGUCGUGCUCGUUACAAGUAAAUCGGGAUGUUCUCGAGGUGUUAGCAUCGAGAACGCCAACGUCCGAUGACAUCAAGGAGCUGUUUUAUUUGCUUCAGAAACCCCACGUCCUGUCCCUUUUGGAAGCCCACGAUGCGGUUGCUCAAAAAGAUUACUACCCACACCUUCCCGAAAUACCCCAAGAUUGCGACGAGGAGGAAGAGACGAUCAAAAUUGUACAACUAGUCAAAAGUAACGAACCCUUGACUGGGGCACAAAGUGCUGAACCAAUCGUUGGUGCAACAAUAAAAACGGACGAAACCACCGGCAAAAUUGUCAUAGCCAGAGUGAUGCACGGCGGAGCUGCUGACAGGUCAGGACUGAUCCAUGUUGGAGACGAAGUCGUAGAAGUCAACGGAAUCAACGUUGAAGGAAAAACACCAAAUGAUGUUCUCACAAUUUUGCAAAACUCCGAAGGUACAAUAACGUUUAAAUUGGUACCUGCGGAUGGAAAAUGUUCCAUAAGGGAGAGUAAAGUAAGAGUCCGAGCUCAUUUUGAUUAUGAUGCAGCCACGGAUCCCUACAUUCCUUGCAAAGAAGCUGGGCUUGAUUUCAAGAAAGGAGAUGUGUUGCAUAUAGUUUCGCAGGAUGACGCUUACUGGUGGCAGGCAAGAAGGGAAGGCGACAGAAACAUGAGGGCUGGUCUGAUACCCAGUAGAGCGUUGCAGGAACGAAGGAUAAUACAUGAGAGAACUCAGGUGGAUAAUGAAGGAGGGCUUUGCUCUGUUUCAGCCUUGCCUGCGCUAACCUGCAGUAAGUCCCCGAAAUCCCCCCGUUGCGCCUCCAAACCCAAAACUAAAAAAAUCAUGUAUGACACAGCCGAGAACGACGAUUUUGACCGCGAACAAAUAGCGACUUACGAAGAAGUGGCCAAGCUCUAUCCGAGGCCGGGCAUCUAUCGUCCAAUUGUACUCAUCGGGGCGCCGGGCGUCGGUCGCAAUGAGCUCAAACGACGCCUCAUAGACACUGAUCCAGACAAGUAUCGGACUCCUACUCCGUUUACCAGUCGACCCAUGAAACCUGGUGAAGUGAAUGGCAAGGAGUACUUCUUCGUCUCCCGCGAAAAAAUGGAAGAGGACAUUGAGGCCAGUAAAUUCAUCGAAUUCGGCGAGUACAAAGGCAAUUUGUACGGAACCUCGUCGGAGAGCGUGAGGUCAAUCAUCAGUGAAGGACACGUAUGCAUUUUGAACCCACACUAUCAGGCACUGAAAAUGUUAAGGAACCCGCAGCUUAAGCCUUAUAUAAUUUACAUCAAGCCGCCUGAUUUGGAGAUCCUGAAGGACACCAGGAAUGCCGUGCAUGCUAGGUCAACAUUCGACGUAAAUAAUUCAAGGGGAUUCACGGAAGAGGAAUUUGUGGAUAUUGAAAAAUCGGCUGCCAGGAUAGAGUUUUUGUAUGAACACUUUUUCGACGAAACUAUCGUAAACUCCGACUUAGCAAUUGCCUUUAGUCAACUUUUGUCGGCAUGUAAUCGUGUGGAGACGGAACCUCUGUGGGUGCCUGCUUCCUGGGUGCAAUAAUUUCCAUUUGGAAAAAUGUAUUUUAAAAAGUUUUUUAAAACCGCCGAAAAUCACAACUUUCAAUUACCUUUCAUUUUAUACGGAUGGAUAAAUGUUAUUCCAUGCGCAGGGUAAUUAAAUUGUUAAGAGAGUUGCAUUUAUGGAUACAACCAUUUUAUUUGUAUUCUUAAUAUAACAUACUUCAAUAUAGUUUUUGAAUUUUUAACGACUUAUUUAUCAUUUGACUCUUGAUUAAGAUAACUGUUCCUAUUUUCUGCUGUUGACUUAUGUACGUAAUAUGUAACUAUAGUUUUGAUAAUGAUGUAGAUGAAUUAAUCGUGAGAUUUAUACUGUCCAAUUUUUAAUUGAAAGACAAUAAGUUGUUUAUCAACGGUGUUAUGUUAAUUGAGAGAUUUGAUUUAGGUGGUUUCUGUUGUUAUGUUAUAAAUGUAUGUUUAUAGCUAUCUAAAUUAAAUAUAUUUUUAUUUUUAGAUCCCCAUGAAUAAAAAUAAUAAAUUGUUGACUUGUACUUUUUAGAGUUGCUAAAUAAUUUAUUUUCCUAUUUCUCUCUUCUAGGCCAAAUGUACUAUCAUUAAUAAUCGAUUAUUGUUUUAUAUUACUAUUAUCUAGUGCUGUAGGAUAUGCCACUUUGCCUGAUGCUCAAAUUAUUUUUACCCCGUCAUUUUCAAUCAAGUAGUUAAUUUAUUUUAAAUAACUAUGUUAUAUUAUAAAACGAUUGACAAUGACUGACGUAAAUUAAUUGUUGUAUUCGGGAGUCAGAGCUUAUCUAAAACAAUUAUUCAAAAUAUUCCAAUACCUAUUAUUACAUGUGCAAUAAUGUUACGAAUAAAAAUUAAACUGCAACCAAAUAUAAGAGUAAGUCGAAUAAAUAAUACUAAAUACUAGGGCCAUUGUUUUGGGUAAGUGUUGAUCCCUUUUUUAGCAUUAUUCCGUUUUAGACCUAUCUACUUACGCUAUGAGUAAAAAAUAAGUUGUUGAACUAUCUAGAUAUACAUUUUUUAGCUAAUAAGUAGUUAAUAACAUGUUUUCAUUGAUUUUGAUGUCGACACUGCCAAUUUCGUAUUGAAGAUAUUAAAUUCUAAAUUGAUGUUUUUAUAGAUUCAUCAUUUUCGAAUUUAUUGAGGUGCCUUUUCGACAGAUGAUUUUUUUAAAACGGUUUGUUAAGACGAAUGUAUACAAUGGUAUUUUAAACUGGUUUUAAGCACCAUAUAGUUAGGUAACAAUCAUUUUAAUAUUCAAUGUGAGUUUUCAUCUAUAAAAAUAGGAUAAAACCACCGGUCAGUGCCAAUCUAAGUUGGGUAUCGUAUUAGCGUUUGUUCUAAUUCGAAUGUGAUGCCUUUUUGAUUUGGCCGAAUGUGCAUUUAUUAACGAAUUGCCAUCAUAUCAUGUACAAAAACUGCGUUAUUGUAUACAGCUACUUGACAUAUUUAGUAUUUGUACAUAUGUCACCUUAACGAAUAACUGUUAAAAAAAAUCGAUUGGCGUUUAAGGACUCCUGUCAUUCAUCUUUAUUGAUAUCUACCCACCAAGUACACCAAGUUUUUAUAAAUAUUACGUAGAAUUGUUAGUAAUUGUCGUUAUUAUAAACUGAUAUUUCAAUAAACGAGUAAUUUAAAAUGAUUUUAAACACUUCACAUAAUAAUAACUAAUUUGAGUUUUCGUUUAUUUAUUGUGUGUUUAACAACUUUACUAAUAUUUUUUAUAAUUUAUUCCUGUAUAUAGAGUGAUGUAAAAGUUUAUAAAUAAAUCAAUUUUAAAGUA